AUGGUGCCGUCCUUGGGUGCGACUUUGUUGGACAAGUUACCGAACUGGGAGAUGGAGUCACUCGGCUUGCCUCCGGUGACAUUGUGGCGGGACUCAUCUGGGGUGGUAAGUGAUGGAGGAAGUGCAACUGCUGAUCAGCCACUGAUCAAUCCAGGCGAAAUCCCGGGACUGGGCGGAUAUAGCGAAUACAGCAUUGCGGAUCAACGCAUCUCUUUCCAAGUGCCUGCUAAUGUUUCGCGGGCGGAAGCGAGCUCUAUUCCACUGGCCGCGACGACUGCCUGGCUUGCCCUAUUCUCCAAAGGCUGUUUGAAUAUCGAUCGGUCUAAGGCUGGGAGUGUGCUAAUCUGGGGCGGCAGUUCCAGCGUGGGCCUGUAUGCUAUUCAACUGGCGUCGAUAUUUGGCCUUACCGUGAUUACAACAUGCAGCCCUCGGAAUGCAGGCCUUGUUCGAUCUUACGGCGCUCAGCACGUUUUUGACUACAACGACCCCGACGUAGUUGGAAACAUCACCAAUGCCGCCCCAAACCUUCAGCAUGUUUUCGACACCAUUGGCGACAAGACCAGCUCUGCUAUAUCGUCCCGGGUGUUUGGCGACCGUCAAGGACAUCUAUGUACCGUGAGACCCGGGAAGGCAAACACUGAGCAGGUCACCGCAAACACACAUGUCACUGAUGUGCUGGUGUGGACAGCCUUCCUGAAAGACCACGGUUAUGGCGAGUUCCACUGGCCGGCCUCGCAGGAGGAUCAUGAGUUGGCCAGCGAGUUGUUUGAACGUUUGCCUGCAUGGUUAGCACGGGGCCAGAUCAAGCCCAAUAAAGCGAAGAUCUUCCAUGGCUUGGAAUCGGUCGCCAAAGGCUUCCAAGAGUACCGGGAUGGAGGGGUGUCCGCCUAUAAGAUUGUGUAUGAGAUCUGA